AUGAGUCAGUAUAGUAGGACCAGUAUGGGAUUACGUUCAAUGAUCAGGAACAAAGAAUCGAUUCCGCAACCAUCACCGCCGUUAACACAUAACUCUUCCUCUGAAAAUGAAAGCGACAGUGACUAUGAACCGGGCAUGAGAGUUGGUAAAGAAUACCAGGCUGUUAUACCUGAUGUUAUCACCGGUGGUAAAGCAACACAGGAUCGAGCGACAACUAAAAUUGCAGAAGAAACUAGAAUUUGGGCCCCUGAAGUAUCUAUGUCCGAUGCCAAAAUUGAUGAAUUCAUACACUAUGCAAAAACAAAUUUUGGAUAUUCCUUAGAACAAGCAUUAGGUAUGCUCUACUGGCAUGAAUAUGACAUAGAAAAGUCAAAGGAGGAUUUGGCCAAUUUUGCCCCUUACCCAAAUGAAUGGAGUAUGGAAGAUGAAGUACUAUUUGAGCAAGCAUUUGAUUUUCACGGCAAACAUUUUCAUCAGAUAAAAGCGAUGUUACCUGAUAAAUCCGUUGGUAGCCUAGUUCGCUAUUACUAUUCGUGGAAGAAAAGGAAGAGUAGACUUAGCUUGCUAGAUCGACAAGCAAGAAAACCCGCUGUUCCAAAAGAUGCUACUUCGUGUGAAAAUUCGGCAGAAGAAAGUAGUGAUUCUGAUUUUGAACCUUCCAAGGGAAGAAGUAACGGAAUUUCUAGUGAUAGCAGAGUUUGCUCCAAUUGUGGAUCGUGUGUAACUCAUCUACACUCGACACCAAAAGGCUCCAUUUGUAAUGCAUGUUAUCAGUACUGGAGACGUACUGGAAUGAUGAGAAGCAACGUCAGGAUACAAACCCGUACUGAGAAUGAAAAAGGAAAAUUGAAAAAACAUAAAAGACGUCCUCCUAAGGGUAUGAGAAUAACUAGAGAAGCCCUUAUGGUAAUAGUGAAAGGGAAUCACGAAAAUGAUUCUAGAAUAUUUGAGAACGAAAUUAUAAAAUUAAAAAGUCAGGUCCAGCGUAACAAACAAGUACUGUCUGAACUUGAUGAAGUAUCUGUCAAAGAUAUUGAACGAUAUAGACUGCCAGAGAGUGGAGUUAGAAGUAACGCUCGAUGGACCACUGAGGAGCUUAACAUCGCUGUUGAAGCUGUAAGAAGAUAUGGCAAAGAUUACCAUGCUAUUGCUGAAGUUGUCGGCAACAAGACUGUUAAUCAGUGUAGGAAUUUUUUUGUAAAUUAUCGACGACGUUUCAAUCUCUUGCAAAUUUUAGAAGAAUUCGAAGCAACUCAUGGAAAAAAAGGAAGAUCUGAAUGGAAAGAAAACGGAACUGAUGACGAUUUAUCGAGAUCUCCGACUAAACGCCGAAAAUCAAGUCAAGAUGAUACCGAUAAAGACGAUGUAUCUGAGCUAAUGCAUGAUAAGAGCGGUAAUGGUUCUAAUAAUUCUGCUAGUUAUUCUCCUGAUGGUCAGCGAAGAUCUGCCAUGUCAUCCUUGAUUAGAAAUGGGGCUAGUUGA